CUUCCUCCCCUCCUCCUGCUGCCUGUCCGACUUUGUUGCUCUCGUGCCCCUCUGUAGUCCGUCCCUGGGAGCCGAAGAACAACUCGACAAAGUCCCAACUAUGGAAGGCGACAACAUAAUAAUGCCUGUUUGACUCGGGGAGAUUUUCCAAGAUGCCAGGCCUUUUGUCCAGCCCUGUGUGUCUGACAGUCAUCUGGUUUUUAUCUUGGUCGCUGCGUCCCAUUCGAGCACAGAUUCAACCUGAUGAAGUGUCGGGUGUGCGGUAUGCGCCCUUGCAGUCCAAUGUGACACUGGCAUGCAGGAAGUCACAAAUCAGGACACCUGUGGUUUGGCAUCACAACAACAGCGCCGUGUUGCCGUGGCACAAACUGACAUCAGAUGGAACGUUAGUCCUGCUGCACGUCGACCUAUCAACGCAAGGCAACUACAGCUGCUAUGACAAUGGCGGGCUCCUCCUCCACUCUGUCAAACUCAGGCUGGGCCACCGCCCCGGUUCGCUUAGCAUUUCAUGUCGAUUGCCCAAUCACAUGCGUGUACGCUGCUCCUGGGUGGAAUCAGUGAAGACCUUCCUGCCUGCCCAGUACAACGCCAUCCUCUGGAUAGAGUCGGGUCGGGAGUCAAAGACGUGCGUGGUGGACGUCGCUCAAAAGCACUGUGAUAUCGAUCAUCCUUCCUACUGGAGCUCCAGCCAAACCCUGAGCGUCCAGGAGACCAACGCCCUCGGGUCUGAGACAACAUAUGUCAGGUUGCCUUUCGAUAAGCUAUUGAAACCAAACCCUCCACGGUCAGUGUUGGUGACUGCGAUAGAAGGCUAUCCAAAGAAGUUGAACAUCUCGUGGGAACUUCCCUCCUCCUGGCUGCUGCAUGAGGCUUUCCCCCUCCUGUUUCAUAUCAGAUACAGGCCGCAGGGCUCCUUAUACUGGUCCGAGGUUUUUUCUGAGCAGAGUCCUGUCGUGAUAUUUGACGCCCUGGCCGGUUACGUCCACCAAGUCCAGAUCUGUGCCCGGGACGAGGUGAACAAUGAGAGCAUGUGGAGCGAUUGGACGGCCGUUACUCUUGGCAUGCCAUGGGAAGAACCUGCAGAGGUGUUCCUGCCAGAGGACCCUUUUCAUGAAGAUUUCUUUCCCAGCCUUACAACAAUGGAAACCUCCACUACAAAAACAGACGACUCUUUGAGUCCUGAGGACGAAGGUAAUGUUGGUUUGGUGAUCCUGCUGGUUUUGUUCUCCGUGGUCAUCCUCACCACCGUCCUUUCCCUCAUCUUUGUCGUGUGGGUGAGGCAGAGGCGGCGUAACCACGUGACCAAACAGGAACUCUCCUCCAUGCUCAAGAUGAAGUCCAUGCCAAUCUAAUGUUGGUUUCAACCAUCGUCUCCUUGUCAGCCUAUUCCAGGGCUCCAAUGGAAGAGUCAGCGCCUGCCUUUACCGCCGCAGCAAGCUGAUGGUCCGUCUUGAACUACAUUAACCACAAUGCAUCAGCCAGGAUCCAAAAAAGGACAUGGAUGAACCCAAAACUUUGUGGAGCAGGGUAAAGCUACACAGUAAGAUGACUGAAGGGAUAACAUUUCCCUGGACAUAUUCAGAGGUCACACUACCCAUAAUGCAUCAGCUGAGUCCUUAUCAACAGGACAGGGAAAACAGACCCUCAGGACAUUUGAUUUCACCCACCACCAUUGCUGCUUCAGGUGACUGACCCCUCCCACACUUUUUGAGAGGAGCCAUGUUUCUGAACUCUUUAAGCAACAUGCAACGACAGGAAGUGCAGCUGCCGAAAAAAGGAGAACAUAGGGGGGUUUUUUUCAGGGAAGGGGGAGAUUUUUUUUUUCUGGGACAACUUUUCUUUCUUCCACCAACCAGGACUCCUCACACUCUUUCAUUUUUUGUUUCGUGAGAAGAGAUAAAUCUGUUAUGACAUCGACCGACUCAAUGCUGUGAAGGAAGCGUAACUGCCAGUGUGUGUAUCUGAUGCCAAAGCAGCAGAUCGGGGCAUUAAAGGUCCUCACCUGAGGGAUGGACAUGAGGAUGAUAUCCGGGGUGGGGGGGGUGGGGGGGGGUUUGCUUGUCCAGACUUCAUUUCAUUUAUGACAAGUAACUACAGUAUAUGUUGCAUGAUUGUUUUAUUGCCUCCACAGGUGAUCUUUUGUUAUACCUCUUUCUGUCCAUCCACCGUUAUUGAAUGUGUGAAUAGAAGACACAGAUGGGGUUAAGAGAAGAAAUUCUGGCCUUCACAAACCACCAGCAUCAUGACAUCACUCAGAUAUGUAGCUAGAUAGAAUAUAUUUAAAGACAAUGAAUAUCCAGCAGUCCUUUCUGGCUGCAUUCACAGGAUACACAAUUUUCUCUUUGCUUGGGCGCAUGGCCUCCAGUAAACAGUCAGUUAAGUUUCAUUUCUACGGUUCCAACACUACAAAGAGCUGAUUGGAUGGGUGUCGAAAUGUCAGCGGUAACUAGGUCUAGAGUUAAAGAACUUUGGGCGCAAAUUUGAGCGGUUUGCGAUGCCGAUGGUAGCCAUUCCACCUAGUCGGGUGGAACUGCUUUCUCUAUAGAAACACAGUCGUUCAGCCGCUUGUCAUUUGAAUCCACCUUUAGAAAAUCCAUGACAACAAGCUGGUUCAUUUAUUGGCGGGAAAAAUGUAUUAAGCACUUUGUUUUGCAUCACACUAAUUGGAGAAACCAAAACACAGCUAGCUUUGAAAUGGGUUCUUUCACACGGUGAUUGGGCUCCCAGUCUCUCGCCACCCUUGGAACGUUACUUAGGAAACAUCGAGUGGCAUUAUGGUCUUUGGAUUUGAAUUAUCGGCUUCACCAAGUAGUCAGUUCACUCAUAACAGUUUAUGUAGCUAAAUUAGAUCUUUUUUUUAGGAGAUGAACAUGAUGAACUGACAAGAGCAACUCUCACUAACUGAACUUGUGUCGGCUCACCAAUUUGAGGUAAAUGAAUAAUUGCUUCCCACGCGAAAAGUCCCAAAUACAUCCACAGUAGUCAGCGGGUUCAGUUUGGAACCUCUGUACCCCGUCUGCACCAGACAGAAGGUACAGGCUCUCACAAAAAACAUGCAUUUAUUUCUCUCGUUGUCCUUUGUUUUUAUUUGAUCUAAAGCUGAUUCAUUGAUUGGUUGAACGAUAAACUGACGGAAACAAAAGCCGAACUUUCCCCUGUUUGACGACUGUGUGUUCUCCCAGGCUAGCUCCACAUAUUAUGCAUGGAUCCAGUUGAAGCUCUUUUUUUUUGUAUAUUAUUGUAUAUCACACUUUUAAAAAAUACAUUUCAUGUAUGUUAUUAUAAAUGAUGAUUAUAUGUAGAGAAAAAAAAACAUUAUCAAGGGAGGUUUCACAGACAUGGUUUACCUCAGUCUUUAGGGGCGUUGUAACGGACAAAUUAGCCGACCUGUUUGAGCGUUUUACUGAAAACAACAUUUGAUUUGGUUUGGAAAUAAUCUCAAAUAAAUACAUCUUCCUCAUGACACUAAAUAUUUAGUCAAUUCUUCAUAUUAGGUUGUUUUGGAGGCUAGAAAUGGUCAUGUAAAAUCCCAAAAGAGGAGACAGAAAAACCUUAAUAUUUUAAUUAAAUGACUGAGAUAAACAAUGUCUGGAGAAGCUUCCCAACAUUGUGUAUUUGUGUCUUUGUCCCCAGUUAUAUGAAGCUGUGUUACUGUACCAUUACUGUAUGGACAAUGUGUUUACUGUCAUCCGUGUCUUCACUUUAAUGUUCAGUCAUUUCUGUCACGUCAAUUACCUUUAAGACACUUUUCUCUCUGGCUAACCCAGUGGCAACUUUCACAAACCAUUCUAAAUGUUUAUUUGACAUGUGAUCAAAUUCUAAACAACAGAAGCUUUCAGUUUGUGUGAAAACAGUUUUACACUUUAGGGGUAUUAACAACAAAACUAUUCUCAAUCACACCUGUAAUUUAUCCUUUCAAAUUGGGUUUGAAAAACGUUACAAUGUAAAGAAUGAAGAAAUGCAAGUGUUUGUCUUUUCAACCAACAUUAAGUCGCCAACCAUUUCCUCCAAUCUCUAUGACUUCUGUUACCUGGAUCUGUAAUAGAUUUUCCCCCAUGCUUUUCCAAGCCUUAAAGGUCUGGUUAACAUGAGAUCAACUCAACACUUUACAUGCUAUUAGGAGAGCCAUUUAAAACAUAGAAUAGCUAUUUUUCACAGGUAAACAAAACAGGACAACAACAAGAAUGUAACUCUAUUCACAAUGCAUUUUUAAUACACGUUACUGCUUCAAAUUUGAUAAACCAUCCUGUUGAUUGAAUUUGAUUCGGGUCGUGUGCAGUACUCUGUCAAUCCUGUAUUUCCGGUUCAGAUGAAUCUAUUUUCUGGCUGUGGUGUGUGACUCUCGAUUGCCACCUUUCUGUUUCCCUCUUGUGGUGUUUUCUCAGUGUUUUGUGCUCUUUCUAUUUCUCUCUGUAUGUGAUGACAGAUGGAGCCUUGGUUUUAGUUCUUAAAUUACGCUCAGGCAUCCAUUCUCAGAUGUACAUAGUGUUUUUUUCUAUAUGUGUACGACAGAUUUCACCAUAAGCUGUUAUUUCUUCCUUUCUUUGUAUAUGUCUGUGAAAUAAAUACUAUUUUAUCACA